UGGGCUUACAAAGCUCUCAUGCCCCGUGUUAUGUUUGUAUGAAAUAUUCUAGCGAGCAUGAGCCAGCAAACUAAAAUGUUAGCUAGCUUGCUAGCUCAUAGCUAGCCUUGUUUGUGGUUAGCUGGUCUGUCAAGCCUCCAAGUCAUGUCAGACUGGUAUUGCUGUCGCUACCUGUCGCAGUGUUUUGCUGCCUCCAUGAACAACUUGAAUGACCCACCCAGGUGGAACAUCCAACCAGACCCCAGAGGAAGGGGGGCGGGGGCCGGUGAUGGGAACCAAUGGAACUACGCCCUGCUGGUCCCGAUGCUGGGACUGGCUGCAUUUCGUUGGAUCUGGACCAAGGAGUCUCAGAGGGAGAUCCAGAAGGUUAAAGCCCAGUAUGACAAGGAUGUGUCCACAAUAACAAGCGAGAUGGAGGCACGGUACCGGGAGACACUGACAGAGAGGCGCAGGGCAGUGGCUUCACUAGAGCUGGAGCUGGAGAAAGAGAGACAGAGGGUUAAAGGCUACAAACAGGCCCUGAUCUCACAGAGCCAGCAGCUGAUGGAAGAACGGAAACAGUUACAGCAGGAGCGUGACGCCUUGGAGGAAGAGAAGCAAAGGCUAGUACAGUCUGGCACUGCAGGGGCUGUGCUGCAUCAAGCCCUGGAACGAGAGAACAACUGGUACCAGCGAGCCACCACCACUCUGAAGGAGCUAGAGGGUCAACUUGUGGAGCGCCAGAAUGCUUACUGUUCCCUCAUCCAACCUCGAGAUCAACGGCUGGAGAUGGAGAAGAACAUGCUGCUUAAGGUCGUCAAAGAACCCAUAGGGGAAGAACUGGAUCUAGAGUCCGAUCUGAAGGAUAUUUUCAAGAGAGAUAAGCACUGUGCGGACCUGCUAAACAUGGACAAGAGGAAGAAUGGAAGCAUCAUGUGGGUGUAUCUCAAGUACUGGCAGCUGCAGGUCACUGUCCAGAAACACAAGAAAGCUGAAGAAGCCAUAUUACAAGGGAAAAUCUAGUCUCACACAAAGUGACAAAAGAAAAACACAAGCCGGUGUUUGUCAUUUGACUUUGAAGAAUGUUGUAAGUAUAUGGAUCGGGAAUGGAAAAUGCAUGUAUUUUUCAAUAUGUGUAAUUAUCUUUACUUGAUAGGUAUGUUAUGGAAACACACAAGAGGCAACAUCUGAAAGUUCCUCCCUUGAUCGCAAUGUUUUGAAAAGAAGGGAUAUUUUGUCAGGUUUUGAGCAUGCUAUUUUUUUUAAAUGCACUAGAAUCAUUCAGGUGAAUUUCCAUUUAGCCCCUUGGAAUUUUUUGUCAGAACAUUUGUGUCAAUGUAACUCCCCUUCUCUGAGUGCCAUGAAUUACUGCUAGGUGCAUAUAUUGAAUGUCUUGAAAUUUUUGUUCCACCAUCUCGGGUAUGAAUUUAGGGGCUCCCAAUAACUGUUCCCAGCAUGAUGUGAUAAUAUACACACAUGUUCAGGAAAAAAAAUCAUAAUCACAAUAAAAACUACUGUGUUGAACAAAACAGCCAGCAAUCAUGAA